AUGGUUGUUAAGAUCACUGAAAGUUUAUUUGGUGUAACGAAAAAUGAAAAUGAAGUGAAAAAGUAUACGUUAACAUCUCCGAAUGGACUUGAAAUCAGUUUGAUUAAUUACGGUGCGACAAUACAAUCAAUUCGUCAACCAGAUAGAAAUAAUCAAGUGGCCGAAAUAACAUUGGGUUAUGAUACACUUCAAGGAUAUGUAGAAGAUAAAUCUUCGUUUGGAUGUACGGUUGGUCGAGUGACAAAUAGAAUAAAAGAUGGAAAAUUUGAAUUAGAUGGAAAAUUAUAUGAAUUAGAGAAAACAGAUGGUACGAAAAAACAUCAUUUACAUGGAGAAGAUGGCUAUCCAGGACAAGUUGAUGUCACUGUCACAUACCAUUUGAAUGAUGAUAAUUACUUACGAAUCGAUUAUCAUGCUACAUCGACACAAGCAACACCAAUUAAUAUGACAAACCAUGCUUAUUUUAAUUUGGCAGGACAUAAUAGUGGAACGAUUUUGAACCAUCAUAUUGAAGUAAAUUCGAAUCGAUAUCUAGCGACAGAUGAUGAACUUAUUCCUACAGGCACGAUUGCAUCCGUAGAUAAUACAUCUUUCGAUUUACGGACUUUGACUCUAUUAGGCGAAAGAAUUGGAAAAGUGUGUGAUGGCUAUGAUAUUAUGUAUGUAGUAGAUGGCAGUGGAAGACGUUAUUUUGGAAAAGUUUUACAUCGUGAAUCAGGCAGGGCUAUAUCUACCGAAUCAACACAAAAUGGUUUACAAUUAUAUACUAGUAAUAUGUUGAAACAAGUAACAGGUCAUGAUGGUGUGGUGUAUGACAAAUACGGAGCAUUAUGUUUAGAAACUCAAAACUACAGUGAUAGCGUGAAUAAUCAGGUAAAACGCUGA